AUGACACUGUUUUCCGAGGUCGGCUUCUCAAUAGUGAUUGACAGCCUCUUGGCUGAUAUCCUCGGACGCGUGUUCUUUUUUGGUCUCGGGUCGUUUGCUACUCUAGUGACUACUACCUUGGGUGGAGGUUGGGUCUUCUUCAUCGCAGUUCUUCUGCUAGGAUACGUAUACUGGAGAGUUGCCAAGCUGUACGGACAGACAGCGCGCGACAUGCGCCGUCUUGACUCGGUAGCACGUUCACCACUUUACUCUAUCUAUGGUGGGACAAUUGCAGGAGUUACAGUGAUCCACGCAUUUGGCGCAUCAUCUAACUUUCUGAGAGAUAUGAUUCACUGCGCUGAUACGAACACCAAACCUUUCUAUUGGACAUGGACCGUGAGCCGGUGCCUUUCUACACGGCUCUAUCUCCUAUCAGGAGUGUUGGUUGGCCUCACAGCUUUUGCUGUUGUGGCGUCACCACGGGUCUCCGUGUCUUUGGCAGGCUUUGCUCUUGCUUUUGCUGCUGGAAUAUCGGCAAAUCUUCACUAUUUGGUCAGGAACUUUGUGAACAUGGAGCAGUCAUUGGUCGCUCUGGAGCACGUGAAGGAGAUGUCAGAAUUAGAGGCCGAGCCACCGGAAAUCGUCAACCCUAGGCCACCUACGUCUUGGCCUGAUCGUGGAUCUGUGGUUUUCGAAAAUCUCUCAGAUCUACCAGAAGUAUUGCAUCGUCUGAGUUUCGUUGUCAAUGCAGGAGAAAAGAUCGGUGUCCUCGGACGAACAGGAUCCGGGAAGAGUACAUUGACCAUGUCUCUUUUGCGCUUCGUCGAAGCUAGCGAGGGUCGGAUUUUUGUAGACGGUCUGGACAUAUCGAAGAUUGGUCUAAGUGACCUACAGAGUCGAAUGACUAUCAUUCCUCAGGACCCGACUAUUCUAAGUGGUACCUUGAGAUCAACUCUCGACGUGUUCGAUGAGUAUGAAGAUGCAGAACUUUUCGAAGCACUUCGGCGAGUUCAUCUCAUUCCACCAAGAGAUAGUCCAGUCUCUGAGGGUGAGACCUUGAACGCAAACGUGUUUCACAACCUCGAUAUUGCUGUAUCAGAGGGCGGCGAAAACUUCUCAACUGGCCAAAAACAACUGUUAUGUAUGGCGAGAGCGUUAUUGAAGCGGUCAAAGGUACUUGUGAUGGACGAGGCUACUGCGAGUGUGGAUUACGCCACGGACGAGCUCAUCAGCAAGACUAUCAAACAAGAAUUCUCUUCGAGUACGAUCUUGACAAUUGCGCACCGCUUGAGAACUAUCAUAGACUACGACCGGGUGAUGGUGUUAGACGAAGGGCGCAUAGCCGAAUUUGACUCCCCUGCUACGUUACUCAAAGAUCAGUCGUCGAUGUUUCACUCGCUUUGCAAAGCUACCGGCGAGAGGGAAUUCGCGGCACUACAAAAAAUGGCUGGCUCUAGUGUUCUACCAAUGUGA